AAUCUUAUCAAGUAAUGUUAUGUAUUAUCGCACCAAAUAGUGGAUACGCGUGCACAUAAAAGUUCUCAAAGGUCAACGUUUGGAGUGCCGCGUGUUUUAUUAUGUUAAGAAUAACGUUGCGUCGCAUAAGUCUGCAAGCAGCUCGGUCUACCAAAACUUCGCAAGUGUCGUCCGUAUAUUUUGGAGAUACAUAUAAAAUGUCGAAAUUAACAGAAGUUGAGAGAAAUAAAAUUUUCGGAGGAUGGCAGAAGGUAUAUACACACAACAGUACAGAAUUGGGGUGCAAGAUGAGAUUCGCUCUCUACGUACCGCCCCAGGCGGAGAAGGAGUCGGUGCCGGUCAUCUACUGGUUGUCCGGUCUCACUUGUACCGAGGCUAAUUUCACGCAGAAAGCCGGAGCGCAGAAACACGCCGCGGAUCACGGGGUGCUCCUCGUCAUACCGGACACCAGCCCGAGAGGGCUGAAUAUUCCUGGGGAGAACGAAAGUUACGACUUCGGCACUGGCGCGGGAUUCUACGUGGACGCGACGCGCGAGCCGUGGAAAAAGAACUACAGGAUGUACAGCUACAUUACCAAAGAAUUGCCGGCCUUGAUCAAUAAAGAAUUUCCAACUUUGCCGUCUAGGCAGUCCAUAAUGGGCCAUAGUAUGGGUGGACACGGCGCUCUAAUUUGUGCCCUUAAAAAUCCUGGGCAGUUCAAGACAGUCUCAGCCUUUGCACCCAUAUGCAAUCCAAUCUCGUGUCCAUGGGGGAAGAAAGCCUUCUCAGGAUACCUGGGCGGCUCGGAGGAUAAUCCCGCGUGGAAGGAAUGGGACGCUACAGAAUUGGCAAAGAUAUAUAAUGGCCCACCUUUGGACAUUUUAAUCGAUCAGGGUAAGGAGGAUAAGUUCCUAAAGGAGCAUCAAUUGUUACCAGAGAAUCUACUGAAUGCUGCGAAGGAUAAGGAUAGCAUCGCGCUUACUCUCAGAUUUCAGGAUGAUUAUGAUCACAGUUACUUCUUUAUAGCUACAUUUAUUGAAGAUCACUUCAAGCAUCAUAUGAAAUAUCUUAAGAGUUAAGUCAAUUUCCAAGAUUAUUGUUUCAUUGUUAAAAACAUUAAAAACUUUGAUAUCAAUUUACAUUUUUACAAGAUUUAUUUUUUAUGAAGAAUUAUAUGGAAAUAAAUUUAGAAAAUACUAAAAACAUUCGCAAUCUUGAAAAUUUUGCAUAGAUAUUAAUACAACAUCUAUAUCUUUCUUAUUGUUUUUUCAAGGAACUCGCACAAUAAAUGUAUAUUUUAUCACACGUAAAAA